AUGUGUACAUUUGGAUCUUAUAAACGACUUCUUUUCUUUCUUUCUUUCCUUUUCUUUCUUUUUUUUUCUUUCUUUCUUUCUUUCGCGCCUUUUUAUUAUGUACAUUUGGAUCUUAUAAACGAAUCUUCCCUUUUUCUUUCCUUCUUUCCUUCCUUCUUUCUUUCUUUCUUUUUCUUUCCAUUUGGAUCUUCCUUCUUUCUUUCCUUUUUCCUUUUCUUUCUUUCUUUCUUUUCUUUCUUUUUCUUUCACGCGCCUUUUUAUUAUGUACAUUUGGAUCUUAUAAACGACUCUAUCUUCCCUUUUUCUUUCCUUCUUUCCUUUCUUUCUUUCUUUCUUUUUUUCUCCUUCCCCUUUUUCCUUCUUUCUUUCCUUCUUUCUUUCUUUCUUUCUUUCUUUCUUUCUUUCUUUCACGCGGAUCUUAUAAACGACUUUUUCCUUUUCUUUUCCUUCUUUCCUUCCUUCUUUCUUUCUUUUUCUUUCUUUCUUUCUUUCUUUCUUUUUUCACGCGCCUUUUGUUAUGUACAUUUGGAUCUUAUAAACGACUCUAUCUUCUUUUCUUUCCUUUUCCUUCCUUCUUUCUUUCUUUCUUUCUUUCUUUCUUUCUUUCUUUCCUUUUUUUUAUUAUGUACUUUGGAUCUUUCUCUUUCCUUUUCUUUCUUUUUUUCUUUUUCUUUCUUUCUUUCUUUCUUUCUUUUUUUAUUAUUUACAUUUGGAUCUUAUAAACGACUCUAUCUUCCUUUUCUUUCCUUCUUUCCUUCCUUCUUUCUUUCUUUCUUUUCUUUCUUUCUUUCACGCGCCUUUUUUUAUUAUACAUUUGGAUCUUAUAAACGACUCUAUCUUCCUUUUCUUUUUCCUUCUUUCCUUCCUUUCUUUCUUUCUUUCUUUCUUUCUUUCUUUCACGCGCCUUUUUUUAUUAUGUACAUUUGGAUCUUAUAA